UGGUAAGCACAACGCGAAGCGGAAAAAGUUGAAAUUGAAAGUUUUUGUCAGGAUAGAGGAAAAGUGGGAAUGAAUGUAAGAAAAAAAGAAUUGGAAUUUAGGCGGCGAUACAGCAGCAGAUGAGUAACAACUACUGAAUGAAAAACGUAAAUAAAUAAACAAUAAACAACAUCUAAAUGUAGUAUUUCAGUUAUGCAAUGAAAUACGAAAAUAUAUUUUUAAAAAUUGAAAUCAGUUAUAAAAAUAAAAAACAGAUAUCAACGAGAACCAAAUAAAAUAUGUGAAAUAAAUUGAAGUAAUGCGAAGCAUAAGUAAUCACUCGCCUGAAAUUGGCGAGAACGUCGAAUAAAGAAUGUAUAAUAUAAAAAUUUACAAGCAAAUAUACAUUUCGAAAAAAAUAUUGCACAAAGAAACAUACUAAUUAAAAAAUUAAAUAACUAUAAUUUUUUCAAACUUAAAAACUAAACUAUUAAGCAAUCAUAUUUUACAUCUGUGAAACGAAGAACAUAAAAAUGCGGAUAUCAUGAAAAAUUAAUGCAGCAAAAACAAAAAAAAAAUCAGUAACAAUUCACUCACACUAAGCUUUAAUGUAAAUGAAAUGCGAUAAAAAUGAACUUAAACCCAAACAUUUCUUCUCCCUGGUAAGCUUAAAACGCAAAAAACUGGUGGAAAAAGUAGCAGCUCCAUCAGGCUACGGCCGAUGAAAGUCAAAAAUGCCACACAUCAACUUGAACGACAAUUUUAAAGAAGACUGAUUUUGCUUAGUUAGCUUUCAACGAAAAUUCAAAAGGAAAACAAAAACAACUUGAUUUGUGGCGCGCACACAAUCUAAAGCACACAAACACGGCGACCGAAUUAUGCAAAAUAUUCGCAAAAUACUUUGUUGUGAGCGUCUCAUCCACAGCAUUGGCAGCAGCGUGAUGGAACAAAAAAUGCUUACGCUCUUCACAAUUUUGAUUGCGAACGCCUGUAUUGCGGGCACCAUACCGGCCACUCCCGAGAAUAUAACCGUUACUUUCCUCACACCCACAACCGUACGCGUAUCCUGGCAAACGAUGAUCGAUUUGAAUGCGCAUCCGAUUGAGAAGUACAUUGUGACAUAUAAACCGACGGAUGACAGUUACAGGGUUGUCCAGGAUGUCGCCGGUAAUAGCGAGGCAAUCAUUUUAGAUCGUCUAUCGCCCAGCACGCAGUACUCCAUAGCAGUGACAGCUAUCUGGCUUGGAAAGAAAUAUCGCAGCAGACAGAUAAUAUUUCGCACACUAGAUAUGCCAAAGACAUCAUCGCAGCAGGACUACGCGCCUGGCACGCUAGGUGGCCAAAAUAGUAUUGGUAGUAUGAAUGCUGGUAUCGCAGGAGGGAGCACGACCGGCACGGGAGGUGGAAGUAAUGUUGCUGGUGGAGGAGGUGGUGUGGGACUUAUCGGCGGUAAUUUGGCUGGUGCAGCAGCAGCAGUAAAUGGUAAUGGCACUUAUGGGGAAGAUGUAACAUCAACGGCGACGAAUACGCUAUCACAGAGGCCGCGCGAAUUGCCAACGAUACGCGCCGUCGAGAUUGGCAUUGUUCUCCUCGUAUUGAUGGUAUGGGCUGGUGCCAUUGCGCUCUUCUUCAACCGUUGGGGCAAAAUACGCAUGCUGCUUCCCUACCAACCGGACUACAAGCAUGAGCAGCUGAAGGUGCCUGGCACGGGUGUGUGCACAGGUGCCGGCUGCAAUGGCCAACAUUCGCAUCAGAACCUACACCCAGAUAUAUUCGUAAAGUCAAAAUCGAAGGUUGGUGGCGCUAGCGGUGGUGGCGAACACAAGCAGAGGCAGAAGCGUUUCACACAGCAGCGCAGCAUUUUGAAGAAUUCAACAGAACGUUCGAGCAACCAGGAAGAGCAGGAUCUGCUUGAGGCCAAAAAGCAGUUGAUAUUGCGGCGACGGCGACUCUUCAGCCACUACCGCCAGUACGAGCAGUGGCGUCGGCGUCAAUUCAGUUACGAUCCAUGCUACUAUCGUGCCAUACCGCUGCCGAUCGGUCAAGCGACCUACAGCAAUUAUUCCGGUGGCUACAGCAGUCAGGGUCAAAGCGCGUUCCGACGCCGCCGCCAGUACAGGCGGCAGUACUCGUGUGCCGAACGUGAGGAUUCGCGCGAGAGUCGUGAGUCGUCGUCGCUGCACCGUUACAAGGGCGAGAGCAUGAUAGCCAGUGAUUCGUUUAACACUGGUAGUUAUGAUCAACAACAAGAGCAAUAUCGACUAGAACGGCAGCAACAUCAACAACAACAGCAACAGCAGCAGCAACAGAAAAAGCAACAAUAUCAGCAUGAACAAGCAGUGUUGCAACAACAAAUGAUAGAAUAUUACUCCCCAAUGGGACGGCGUAGUCAUUUCCACAUGGUGCACGAGGAGCGGUCUGCGUCCAUUUCCGAAAGGUGCACACGUAGUCGCAUUAAUUCAGCCAUCUUUGUGUCGUCCGAGGGUAGAGGAUUUGAUUCCAUUGAAUUCCUGCGUCGACACGGCUCGCAGAGUGUGUUGUGCCGGAAAGCGCGCAGCGCAGAAAAUAUUACCGACAAUGAACGCAAAAAGAGCUUCUCGGAUAAUAAGCCACCAUGGUGCACCGAUGAAAAUAAUGACAGCGAUCCGAACGCGCCGAAUAAAAGACAAGACGAUUGCAACGGUAGCGCCAUUGAGCUGCGCGAAUGCCGUCGCAGCUCCAACAAUUUCAGUGGUGCCUGUAGUGCCGAAUGACAUACACUAUCCGUGCUCACUACCAACACCAACUGCGAUCACCCGUCGACCUCAGCGGCGGCAGCGGCUUCAAUGUCCGCAACGAACGUAGUAGUGGGCAGCAUCUCAUUAGAAACUCCACCUUCGCAUAUCAAAGAUGAGCUGCACAACGACACCAUCAGCGUCAAAGUAAACGCCGCAAACGCGGCCAUCGUCGCGCUACCCAACGUGGAGAGGCGACAGCGUCCAAAUACAUUUGCAGGCAUGCCAACGAAAAGUUCUGUCUCGCGAGACUCCACCGAUACCGUCGAGGAGCUAGUGCUCGUACCAACUAUCGCUGCCACGGCAAUGUUGCCGGAAAUUGUCAGCACUAGUCGCCAGCGUACGCUGGUGCGCCAACGCUCCUCAACCGCGUCCGUUUCACCACAUCCUAGCCCGAAAUCGCUCCCGGUAAAAAAUGCACGACCAAAGAUCACGGCUCUGCCAAUGGUAUCGGUGUCGGGACCAUCGCCACCACACGAAAAGCCGUUACCACAACCGACAACGGAGUGUUUGUAACAAAUGGCAGCCGAAACAUUUAUUUAAGUAAGUAAAGUGAAAGCAGCAAUGGCAUGAAAGGUAGGAGAGAAAUGUUAAUAAGAGGACUGAAGCAGGCGGCGGUUGGUAGACGAUUAGUUUGAUAAGAUUUGAGGGCGAAGCGGAACUUAUAUGUAUGUAUUGCAUAUGAAAUAUGCGCGCCUGUCUGUAAUGGAAAACAAACAAAAUUCUGUCCUAUAUUCUUCCUAACUUCAAGCUCACGAUUUUAACUCACAACUUGCAAAUGUUUCGGCUAUAAUUGGCACAACUCGGGGUAAUCUCAACUAAUGGGAUAUGCCUUCAAUGAAAUCUAUACAAAACAAAAUCUCAAAAUUGACUGAACUACUCGUAAAUACUGAUAAACCGUUAAAAAAUAUUAGAAAAACUAACAAUUAUUAUGUCUGUUAUUACUAAAACUGUAAAGUCUUAUUAAAGGGUUGUCCAAUUAGGGCGGGUCGCUGUUGAGAUGGUAUAAAACAAGUCAUGUGUGUGAAGUACUAACGAAAUUGAAUUCCCUUCAUUUAUUCAUGAAUUUAAUUCUUACAAACAGAUUAGACAAUGAUAGACUUAUAUUAAGUAAAAUAUACAAACACAAAAAAUUACGCUAAUAUUAUUUAAGUAAAAAUUAAUUUUCCAGUUGAAUAGCUAUGUAUCUAGAAUUGGAUAAUUCUAAGUGUAAUAAAUUUAAGAAAUAGUUGUACCUCGACGACCUUCUGUUUAUAGAAAUCUGUGUGAAAUAUGACAGCUGUCAACAUGGCCCGUCCCUAUUGGAGAACGCUUUACUAGUUACUAGUACUUAAAUUAUAACCCGAGCCAUUGGAAGAUGGGCAAAAAGCUUUAACAAGGCACUUGAGAACUUUCAAGCUUUAAUAUUAAAAAUAACGUAAAUAUUGCGAUUUAAUUUUUUUGUUUGUCUCUAAUACCCAUUUAUCUAUUAGUGUAAUACAUACAUACAUAUGUAUAUAAAAUCAUGCCUAUGUAAGUACUGCAUGUAUAUAUGUAUGUACACGGAUGUAAAGCCAACAACAAACCAGCAAAUUAGAAUAAGGUAACAGUAAAACUUAAUAAGAGAUCGAACAAGUAAAAGCAAAAACAGCUAGUAAAAAAUCUUAUGGAUGCGUGUGUGUGUGUGCAUACAAAUUAGGGAGUUUAAAAUGUAGGUUUUCGAAUUGCCUUGACUUAUUUCUCAAAUCCAAACUCACUGUAGCAACUAGUUUUUUUAAAAGAUGUGUACUAAAAUAGGUGUUAAAUAUAGUCGUAUUUACAUAUACGUGUGUGUGAAGUUUUUACUCAUAUGUAUUGAAAAUAAUAAAAUAUACAUAUAUUGUAAAUAUAACUACAAAGUAUAUAUGUACAGUCAAACUUCCAUAACUCGAACUUUCUACAACUCGAACUUUCUAUAACUCGAACUAAAUCGAAUGGCAAUAACGUGGCGGCCGCCGUAGCCAAAUGAGUUGAUGCGUGAUUACCAUUCGGAAGUGCACAGGCUCUAAAUCCCGGGCAUGGAACACCAAUUAAUACAACAAAUAUUUUCUAAUGGCAGUUGCUUCUCGACAGGCAAUGGAAACGAACCGAGUGUAUAUCUGCCAUGAAAAAGGUCCUUAUAAAAAACCAUUUAUCACAAAUAGGAGGAGGAGCUUGGCCGAACGCCCAAAUAGAGUAUAAGCGUUAUUAUAUAUUACAUUAUUAUUAAUAAAUGUACAGUAGAAACUCUAUUCUUGCAUGUAUUGAAAACCGGCGCGGUGCAAGUUUCGAGAUUCUCGCAAAUAUUAAGCUUUUUCUCCAUACAAAUUAAAAUAGUUUUUUUACUGAUAAGAAUCUAAGUUUAUUUGUUUUUGCUAUAUUAAUUCAAUACACUUUUAAGAGAUUAGUUUCAUUUGAAAUUAAAGCUAUUUUCGAUUUUGGUUUGCUUUGUACACAUUCGGUUGUUCAGUACCACACUGUUUCUGAGCCUCUGCAGCCCCAUAACAUCGUUUAAGCAAGCAUUAUUUUGCUCUGCCCAAUCUCAUAAUUUAUUGAAUGCUGAUAUUGACUCCGCCGAUGUAAUUUUACUCGCAUUUAGCAUCUCCUCGUUAGUUCCUUCACCGAAUGUUUCGUCGUCUUCAUUACAGUAUUCUUCAUUUCAAGCUGUGGGUUCCGAAUGAGGUUCAACAAUCCAAAGAGACUUGCUGCAAUGUUUCUACUUCCUGAAGCAAAGUUGCAAUGAGUCGAAGUGCAAACCUCCAAUUAAUCUUAGAAAAAUAUCUGCAAUGAAUUGAAUAUUGGAUGCUUCAUCAGGUAUCUGUAAACGUAACUCCGAAAGAGCAAUGAUAUCGUCACAGUUCCAGUCAGUCGUCUUCUCAAAUAGUUUCUGAAACGAUGACUGAAUUGAAGUUGCAUUAAGAGCAUCCCAUCCAAUAGCUAAAAAGCAUAUUGCAUUUUUCAGGCCUAUAUUUCGCAGUGACUCAUCGAGCAGCAAUGCGACUUACAAGGGUUUUUUUCUAGUUCAAUUUAGCAAGUCUUAUAACGUAUUGAUCCAUGGGUUCUAUUAGAGCCGUACAGUUUGGAGAAAAGCACAUUACCUAUAUUUGGCUAUUUUAGAUCUUUAACUCAUCUUCUUUGGGAUGAUAUUGAGCAUUGUCAAUAAGAAGUGCUUUUUUCGGACGAUUUUGCGCACG